AAGAAAUGCUUUUGUUCUUUUUCUCUUUUCCAGGGAAGCAAAAGGAAAGUCUUGUGGAAGAAGGUUCUGCUUGAGACUGGAAAUCCAAUUCCGUCAGGUAACGCCAUUGUUGAGAGCUCCAAACAUAGGUUUUAUAAUAAACCCUCACUCAACCAAACACCAUUGAAAAAACCCUAACCUUUCUCAUGCGCUUAUUGUAAUUGAUAAUCAAUGGCUUUGUCGGAGAUCGAGGUGGUCUCCUCGGAAUCCAAACCCGAGACAGCCCCCGCCGAAGUGGCCGUCUUCGAUGUCUUCUCCGCUUCCGCUUACGGCGAUUUCCAGAAACUUCGGAGCUUCGUCGAACAAGACGGCGCUUCUCUCUCUACACCCGACGCCAAUGGCUAUUACGCCCUUCAAUGGGCCGCCCUCAACAACUUCCCCGACAUCGCGCACUACAUCAUCCAGCACGGUGGUGAUGUCAAUGCAACCGAUAACAUGCAACAGACGGCGUUGCAUUGGGCGGCAGUGCGGGGUGGGAUAGCCGUGGCGGACGUGCUCUUGCAAAAUGGAGCCCGAGUCGAGGCUGCUGAUAUAAAUGGGUACCGGGCGGUUCACGUUGCUGCUCAAUAUGGACAAACUUCUUUCUUGAAUCAUAUUGUUGCCAAGUAUCAUGCUGAUUUUGAUGUACCCGAUAAUGAGGGGAGAAGUCCUCUACAUUGGGCUGCCUAUAAGGGAUUUGCAGAUACAAUUAGAUUACUUCUGUUCAGAGACGCAUGCCAAGGGAGGCAAGAUAAAGAAGGUUGUACCCCAUUGCACUGGGCUGCCAUGAGGGGAAACGUGGAGGCUUGUACAGUGCUUGUACAUGCAGGUACAAAGCAGGAACUUACAGUGAAAGACAAUGCUGGAUUUACUCCAGUUCAGCUUGCAUCUGAUAAAGGUCAUCGGAAUAUCGCUUUUCUCCUCUCUAAUGCACAGAAAGCUCACAACAAUUGGUGGAGAGACAAAAUUUUUAGUGGGAAGAUCGUAAAUAAGGGUUAUGCUCCUAUUUUAUCGUGCAUCAUAGUAAUUCUCAUGAUUCUCUUCAUGAACUCAGUUCUUGCAGCUCCUAAUCUGACGAAGGUGACUGCUGUUGUUGGCCUUUGGGGUUGGACUGCUAUAUCUCUAGCUGUUGGGGCAUUGAUAAUGUUCUAUAGGUGUAGUAGUAAAGAUCCGGGCUAUAUAAAAAGACCAGGGGACUUAGGUAGCUCUGCUGAUACAGAGGAUGCUCUGUUGAAUAUUGAUCUGAACUGUGCCGCCGGGUGGACUGGAAAUUGGUCCCAACUUUGUCCCACCUGCAAGAUAAUUAGACCUGUUCGUGCUAAGCACUGUCCUACAUGUAAGCGAUGUGUAGAACAGUUUGAUCAUCACUGUCCAUGGAUAUCCAGUUGUGUGGGGAAAAGGAACAAACGAGAUUUCUUCAUAUUUAUCUGCAUGGGGACAUUAACGUCAUUCCUGUCUGGUGCCGUUGCAUUUCAAAGGAUAUGGACAUCAACACCAACAUUAUCAUUUGAAGAAACAUGGAUUCAUUACGUGAUAGUGAACCAUCCUGGUAUUGUUGCAUUUUUGCUUGGGGACAUCAUUGUCUUCAUUGUUGUUACAACUCUGACCACGGCACAGGCCUCUCAGAUAGCUCGAAAUAUCACCACUAAUGAAUUAGCAAAUGCUGUUCGAUACGGGUAUCUUCGUGGGCCAGAUGGUCGAUUCCGUAACCCCUAUAAUCACGGGUGCCGAAAGAACUGUGUAGAUUUUGUCAUACGGGGCUACACGGAUGACGAGGAAAUUGCUUGGCCUCCAUUGCAUCAAGUUGCUAACUAGAUCUGCUAUCAUGAUAUUUCUUCAGUUAUUUUUUAUUUUUUUAGUUCCCUUUUUAUUUUUAUUUUUAUCCAUCAUUGGUUAUGAGUGGGAAUUCCUUUCAAGGCAAACGCUCAUAGGUUGAUUGCCAUGUAGGUCCCAUUCGUUUUUAUAUGCGAUUGAGCCUUGAUCAUCUAGAAACUUAAACUCUAUAGUUAGUUAUUUGUACAGUUGAAAUAAUUUGGCAGUUAAAGAAAUAAAUUAUUUGAUUCUCU